GGCAGAGCGCGGCGUGGGGCACCGGAGCCGGCGGCGGGCGCGCGGACAGCGGGGCUGAGCGCGACCCUUUCCCCGAGCCAGCGGCCACCCGCGGGCGGACGUCCGGUGUCCACGCCGGCUCUGCGCUCCUGGUCGCCAGGUGCGGCGGCGUCUCGCCGAGGGAACGCCCUGCAGGAUGGGAGCCGCUGGCAGGCAGGACGUCUUCACGGCGAUGCUGACUGUCAUCUGGCUCAGCCUGGCCUGCUUCCCUGGGGCCACAUCCACAGUGGCAGCCAAGUGCCCGGACCAGAGCCCUGAGCUGCAGCCCUGGAACCCCGGCCACGACAGGGACCACUCUGUGCACAUUGGCCAGGGCAGAGCCCUGCUGCUUAUGUCCUCCGCCACGGUCCACUCCGUCCACAUCUCAGAGGGAGGAAAGCUAGUCAUCCGAGACUACGAUGAGGCGAUUGUGUUGCGUGCCCGGCAUAUCCUGAUCGACAACGGAGGAGAGCUGCAUGCUGGGAGUGCCCUCUGCCCUUUCCAGGGCAACUUCAGCAUCAUUUUGUAUGGGAGGGCUGAUGAAGGGAUUCAGCCGGACCCUUACUUUGGCCUGAAGUACAUCGGAGUCGGCGAAGGUGGCACCCUUGAGUUGCAUGGAAAGAAAAAGCUCUCUUGGACAUUUCUCAACAAGACCCUUCGCCCGGGUGGCAUGGAGGAAGGAGGCUAUUUUUUUGAAAGGAGCUGGGGUCAUCGUGGGGUCAUUGUUCAUGUCAUCGACCCCAAAUCAGGGACAGUCAUCCAUUCUGACCGGUUUGACACCUACAAAGCCAAGAGAGAGAGUGAACGCCUGGCCCAGUAUUUGAACGCGGUGCCCAACGGCAGGAUCCUUUCUGUCGCAGUGAAUGAUGAGGGAUCUCGAAACCUAGACGACACGGCCAGGAAGGCCAUGACCAGGCUGGGCAGCAAACGCUUCCUGCACCUCGGGUUCAGACACCCCUGGAGUUUCCUGACUGUGAAGGGAAAUCCCUCUUCUUCCGUGGAAGACCACAUUGAAUAUCACGGACAUCGCGGCUCUGCCGCUGCCCGCGUGUUCAAACUGUUCCAGACGGAGCACGGCGAGCAUUUCAACGUCUCCUCCUCCAGCGAGUGGGUUCAAGAUGUGGAGUGGACAGAAUGGUUCCAGCAGGACAGAGCGUCACAGAGUAAAGGUGGGGAGAAAAUUUCAGACCUCCGGGAAGCUAACCCAGGAAAAAUCUGCAAUCGCCCCAUUGAUAUACAGGCCACUACAGCAGAUGGAGUCAACCUCACCACUGAAGUCGUCUACAAAAGAGGCCAGGAUUAUAGAUUUGUGUGCUACGACCAGGGCCAGGCCUGCCGGAGCUACCGUGUGCGGUUCCUCUGCGGGAGGCCGGUGAGGCCCAGACUCACCGUCACCAUCGACACCAACGUGAACAGCACCAUCUUGACUGUGGAGGAUGAUGCACGGUCUUGGAAGCCUGGGGACACUCUGGUGGUCGCCAGCACCGACUACUCCAUGUACCAGGCAGAGGAGUUCCAGGUGCUGCCCUGCAAAGCCUGCUCCAGCAACCAGGUCAAGGUGGCAGGGAAACCAAGGUACCUGCACGUCGGGGAGGAGAUCGACGGUGUGGACAUGCGGGCCGAGGUGGGGCUCCUGAGCCGGAACAUUGUGGUGAUGGGGGAGACGGAGGCCGAGUGCUACCCCUACAGCCACCACGUCUGCGACUUCUUUGACUUCGACACCUUUGGGGGCCACAUCAAGUUUGCGCUGGGGUUCAAGGCGGCACACCUGGAGGGCGUGGAGCUGAAGCACAUGGGGCAGCAGCUGGUGGGUCAGUACCCAAUCCACUUCCACCUGGCGGGAGAUGUGGAUGAGAAGGGAGGCUACGACCCACCCACGUACGUCAGGGGCCUGUCCAUCCACCACACGUUCUCCCGCUGCAUCACCGUCCACGGCUCCAACGGCUUGUUGGUAAGCAAUCCCCCUGCCCGCCCCCAUGCCAGUCAGCUCACUGCUGGGCCCGGGGACCUUUAUGGCUUCUGCAGCGGCUUCUGCAGCGUGGCCGGGGCUGGUCGUCGUACCUUCCGUGAAGUGGGGAGGAGGGCGUCACCCGUCCUCUGUGGUGCCGGCAAGGAGCGGGCGGGCAUGAUCAUAGACAACGGAGUCAAGACGACUGAGGCCUCUGCCAAGGAUAAGCGCCCCUUCCUGUCCAUCAUCUCUGCCAGACCUCUGUGGCUCUCCCCUUGUGCCCACCUCCACCAGGAAACCGGAUUCUGGUUCAUUUUCCACCACGUACCGACAGGCCCCUCCGCGGGCAUGUACUCCCCGGGGUACUCGGAGCACAUUCCACUGGGGAAAUUCCAUAAUAACCGAGCGCAUUCCAACUACCGGGCGGGCAUGAUCAUAGACAACGGAGUCAAGACGACUGAGGCCUCUGCCAAGGAUAAGCGCCCCUUCCUGUCCAUCAUCUCUGCCAGGUACAGCCCUCACCAGGACGCGGACCCGCUGAAGCCCCGGGAGCCGGCCAUCAUCAGGGACUUCACCGCCUACAAGAACCAGGACCACGGGGCCUGGCUACGCGGCGGGGACGUGUGGCUGGACAGCUGCCGGUUUGCUGACAACGGCAUUGGCCUGACUCUGGCCAGUGGUGGAACCUUCCCGUACGACGACGGCUCCAAGCAGGAGAUAAAGAACAGUCUGUUUGUGGGCGAGAGUGGCAACGUGGGGACGGAGAUGAUGGACAACAGGGUCUGGGGCCCCGGCGGCUUAGACCACAGCGGGAGGACCCUCCCUAUAGGCCAGAAUUUUCCGAUCCGAGGGAUUCAGUUAUACGACGGCCCCGUCAACAUCCAGAAUUGCACUUUCCGCAAGUUCGUGGCCCUGGACGGCCGGCACACCAGCGCCCUGGCCUUCCGCCUGAACAACGCCUGGCAGAGCUGCCCCCAUAACAACGUGACCAACAUUGCCUUUGAGGACGUCCCGAUUACCUCCAGAGUGUUCUUCGGAGAGCCUGGGCCCUGGUUCAACCAGCUGGACAUGGAUGGGGACAAGACGUCGGUGUUCCACGACACUGACGGCUCCGUGUCCGAGUACCCCGGGUCCUACCUCACCAAGGACGACAACUGGCUGCUCCGGCACCCGGACUGCAUCGACGUCCCGGACUGGCGGGGGGCCAUCUGCAGCGGGCACUACGCACAGAUGUACAUUCAGGCCUACAAGACCAGCAACCUGCGGAUGAAGAUCGCCAAGAACGACUUCCCCGGCCGCCCCCUCUACCUGGAGGGGGCCCUGACCAGGAGCGCCCACUACCAGCAGUACCAGCCAGUCGUCACCCUGCGGAAGGGCUACACCAUCCACUGGGACCAGACGGCCCCCGCCGAGCUCGCCAUCUGGCUCAUAAACUUCAACAAGGGCGACUGGAUCCGCGUGGGGCUCUGCUACCCCCGGGGCACCACCUUCUCCAUCCUGUCGGACGUCCACAACCGCCAGCUGAAGCAGACGGCCAAGACGGGCACCUUUGUGCGGACCUUGCAGAUGGACAAAGUGGAGCAGAGCUUCCCCGGCAGGAGCCACUACUACUGGGACGAGGACUCAGGGCUGCUGUUUCUAAAGCUAAAGGCACAGAACGAGAGAGAGAAGUUUGCCUUCUGCUCUGUGAAAGGCUGUGAGAGAAUAAAGAUUAAGGCCCUGAUCCCAAAGAAUGCGGGCGUCAGUGACUGCACGGCCGCCGCCUACCCCAGGUUCGCAGAGAGGGCAGUCGUGGACGUGCCGAUGCCCAGGAAGCUGUCCGGGUCCCAGCUGAAAACAAAGGACCAUUUCUUGGAGGUGAAGAUGGAAAGUUCCCGGCAGCGUUUCUUCCACCUGCUGAACAACGUUGCUUACAUUGAAGUGGAUGGGAAGAAGUUCUCCAGCGUGGAAGACGGCAUCCAGGUGGUGGUACUUGACGGGAGCCACGGGCGCGUGGUGAACCACACGAGCUUCCGGAACGCCAUCCUGCAGGGCAUACCUUGGCAGCUCUUCAACUACGUGGCGGCCAUCCCUGACAGUUCCAUAGUUCUCAUGGCGUCAAAGGGAAGAUACAUCUCCAGGGGCCCAUGGACUCGAGUGCUGGAGAAGCUUGGGGCAGACAAGGGUCUCAAGUUGAAAGAGAAAAUGGCAUUCAUCGGCUUCAAAGGCAGCUUCCGGCCCACGUGGGUGACCCUGGACACUGAGGACCACAAGGCCAAAAUCUUCCAAGCUGUGCCCAUCCCGGUGGCGAGGAAGAAGAAGCUGUGAGGACAGCCCCCCCCGGUGGGCCAUGUGGCUGCCCAGGGCAGGACAGCUGGCUGCCCAGCACCGUGCAGGGCCAAGCAGCAGCCCUGAUGGGCUGAGGGAAGGACAUCAGACUCUGGGGCUGCCACCUGGUCCCCAGCGUCCACUUCUGCUGCAGGGCUGGGGCACUUCUCUGCUAUCUGUGCCCCUUCAGGGUGGGUGUGGGCACUGCACAAGGAGACAGGGCUGUGCAGGCACAGGGCCCGCUCGGCAGGAGCCCUCCUCCAGCGAGGAAGUGGUCUGGGCGCUGGGCUGUGCACGGAUGCCCAUGCACACUGGCAUAUCAGUGGCAGCUGUAGGAAACAGCCCCGGUCUUAAGGAAAACUUCAUUUCUGUAAGCGAGAGCCAGCCUUCUCGGGAUUAGGAGCUCGCGCAGACCGAGCUCACCGAGAUGGAACCAGGUUCCCUUGGGACAGAGGUGAGCCCUGCCUCAGGGGUCCACCCUCCAGGGACUCCGGGUCACAGGACUCCUGGGAGCUGGGCCAGGUGACUUCUAAAGGCCCUUUCGGUUCUGAGCCCCCGGAAGCCUAUGCUUCAUGCACUGCAGCCGGAGCCCAGCGGCAAAUGAGGGCAUCCCUUCCAGCCGGCGUCCGGGGUGCCAUGUGCCGCGGGCGCAUGGGCAGGGGUGAGAAGAAUACCUCAAGUGAGGGGCUCGCACUCUGGUCUGGUCGGAGAGGCGGUCGGACACCAAGCAGAGAAGACAAAUCAGAUCAGACGGAGACCGGGGCCAGUUCCGAACAGGGAAACUUCCAGCAUGGGUGGGUCAGAAGCUUCCUGCGGGAUCAGGCCCUGGGAAUGAAGGGCAGGGCAUUUUGUGGGCAGAGAUGGGCAGCCUCCAGAGUGGGUCAAGGCCAAGCCCUUCCUGCCCCAUCGCCCGAAGCUGGGGGACUGCAGGGGCUUCCUUGGCUGGUGGCUCGCUGGCCCACCCGCAACAGAGAAGCGAGCAUCAGGCGGGAGGAGUGCCCCGAGCCUGCAGCCCCCGAGCUGAGGAACCGGGGCCCGGCCACCCCCGCCUCAACUCCAAGAGGGUGGCGUCAGGCGGGGAGGCAUGGGCUCCUCAUUUGUUCUGCGUCCGGGGACCUAAGCAGAGGAUCCCCCUGGGAGACCUGAGAAUGUGCUGGGUCCCCGUGAGCCUGGGGUUCCAGAGCUGGAAGGACCUUAGAAACCACCCAGUCCAAAGCCUCCAUGUUUCUGACGUGGCCUGUGAGACCCUGACAUGGGGAAGAGCCACAGGCCAGGGCACGGCCAGGAUGCACGCCCAUGGCUAGCACCUGCCGUCACACCACGUGGCCUCAACACCAGCCCCAGGGGCUCCGGGCACCACAAGGAGCCUCCCGAAACGGGGACACAUCCUCUCGAGGGGAAAACAAUGGCCAGAACAGGAAGGGAAUUGGCCGGUGACUGUCCCUCCUGGCCCUGCACACACCAGACCGCCCUCCUCUCGGCCGCGGUGGUCCUGCAGCCUCCACUUUGUCCAGCCCCCUGCCUUCCCAUGCGCAGGUGCACAGCCACUGGGCCAGUCCCACUGGGGCUGCCUGUCUCUGCAGGUCUGUGGGUGUGGCCAGCAGACAGCAGUGGGGAUCCAGAGCAUGUCCAGGGAGCCAGCUUGGCUGAGCUUGGGGGUCUGCAGGGCUGUCGGGCCAACCCUGCAGCUCCCGCUGGGUGCCCUGCUGUCUCCCUUGCCCACCCCAGAGAGAGCUGAGUGCUCCUGGAACACGGGAAAGUCCCCGGGGGCUUAUACUCAUGGGGUACCAGGGUCGCCCUGGGGCUCAUGUGGGACUGUUUUCCCCUUUCCCACCCCAGCCACAAACCCUUUCCUCUCCAGAGGGCUUUCUUGGUGCCCUCUGCCCAGCGCCCCCACAGGACUCAGUCAGUGGCCAGGUGAGGCCGACUGCAGAGGGGUUUUUCACACCAAACAGGUCUUCUAGCUGCCGAGAGGGGCAGUGGGAUUCCGCCUCUUCACACGGGGCAGCGUGUGAGGCCCACCCCAGGCCAGGGCCUCUUCUGGGCAGAGCGUGGCCGUAGGGAGGAGACUCAAACGACCUCAUGGUCUUCUUGCCUACAGUUUUUCGAAAUCUUUUAAUGCAAGGGUCUCACACUGUGAACCGCUGAGGAUGUGAUCACUUUAGGUGGCCAGGAAUGUUGACUUGUCUCUGGUUCAGCUCGUAUCAAAAUGUGUCUGUUUGGAAAUCCUCAGAGUUGUCUGUGUCUAGCAGUGCAGCAUCUGUGCAAAGAACUUUCUUUCCUAAACCGUCCACUAAGGGCCAGUGUCCAGGCGUAUUCUUGGAGGCACAAAUCUUAUUGCUUAGAACAUCAACGUUGCUCUGUUUGUGUGCGUUAAAACGAGUUAAGCCUUUAAGGAAAGCAACUUGCCUCUGAAAUAUCUUUUUCCUGUUGCCGAAAUAGCUGGUCCUUUUUCGGGAAUUAGAUGUACGGUGUGUUUUGUAUGUAAACAUUUCCUGUAGGCGUCACCAAGAACAAAGAUAUAUUUUAUAUUUAUUUAUUAUAUAUAUGCACUCCAAGGAGUCAUUGUCUGAGAAAUGAAGACUCGUAGUAAUAUCCUGUGCGGGGAUGUCCUUGGGACCGCCUGGAAGCCUCUGUUGACAGCAGAGGGCACGGCUUUAGCGUGGAAGGUCACGCUGUACCACAGUAAAUGCACAAAGGAUGUUA